UUGGAAGCGAGGACUAGUUCGUAGGGUACAAUUUGCAUUUCGCCAUCAUUGGGUUAGGAACAGGUCCGCUAUGUGACACAUGUGUGAUUGACACGAAUUCCGAAUCAGCAGUGCUCUAAUCAAGCAAUGGCUCCGGAUGAUGGCUCACGUUGGCAUGCGUUGCUUGAUUUGGUUGCGCAUCCCCCCCGCCACAUAACACAGAAUUGCACAUGGCAAAUGCCAGCACUAUCCUUGGAUUGUUGCUGUUGUACGCAGCAGCCGCAGAGCUGUCGACUGUAAGAACAGAGCAUGCGCCAUUGGACACAUACACUCUGUGCGACUUUUUGGCGAAACUCAACGUCCAUGAGCCCUUUAUGUUUAGAGAUUCUGUUCCCGCGGCUCUCAGAGGAUUGGAACCUCGUUUAGUGGAGCUCGCAGGUGCAAACACAGCGGUGAAUGUUCAUGCCAGUGAUAAUGGUUUCACCGGCCCAAACAAUUAUGAUCAUGAGGUGAUGUUCGAAACCAACAUGGCUGAUUUAGUCAGGCUGCUGCAACUGAAGCAACAUCACGAUUCAAAUCUUAGUUUCUACGCAGCUCAGGCGGUUCUCCCAGAAGGCUUGCGAGACUACGUGACGGCAGCAUUGCCUAGGUGGCUACCGUUUCCAAUCGAAAGCGCUCGCCUUUGGAUCAAAGCUCCGGGGGGCUUAGGUCAGGCCUUGAUGCACAGGGACGAUAAUCACAACGUCAUGAUGCAAUUGAAUGGGACGAAAACUUUUCAACUCAUCCCGCCAUGGCAAAGCUAUCUGGUAAAGAGCCGCCGCGAGUUGCGGUACCUUGCUAUAAACGAUCACUGGCGUUGGCGGGCUAAGAGCAGUAUACCAAAGAUGCAGAAGUCGUGGUCCAGCAUGGGAGGUGAUGCGCCAGGAAGGGCAAAUUUGAGUUCAGCAUCUCGUAUGAUUGCCACUUUGCAUCCUGGCGAUAUCUUGAUCUUGCCAAAGCAGUGGUGGCAUACAACUACACACAACCAAGAAGAAGCAGCUGUUGCAAUUAACUUUUGGUUUCACAGUCGGAAUCCAUUUGAUUUGUGGUGGUGGACGCUGGAUGAUCGGCAUCGCAAAAAACGUGAAGAGCAGUGCCAUACAGCUCAUCCCAAAUAUUCUGGACUCCAUAAAGAUACCGAGGCUGAUGGGCGACUGAGCGCUGCGAGAAAGCGCUUACAGAAACGGGUGAUCAAAACUGCCCCGUGGCUCCGAGCAAGAUUUUUGCAUACGGUCGCGGACCCUAGUCAGCCACACCUGUGGCACACUUCAAGCGCUUUUACCGUGCAAGCAACCAACGCCACCUCGGAAAACGAUUGUAUCCGCUGGUCUUUCGAUGCAGGAGCGAGCCUCAAGGCUAGGCUUGUCGAGGGGGGCCGUGGGCAGGGACUUGAUUUCUCUCAGCUCUUGCGGAUGAUGGCGCUACGUCAUACCAAGAACGGGCACUCGAUGUGGAAGGUUCUGAACACCAAAUAUUUAGAAUUGUUUGAUGGUUUGGUUGCCCAAUCUGUUCAAAGCUGGCUCCCCAAAAUGCUUGCCGCUUUCGAGGGCAACAUCCGAGGCAAGGAGUCUCUUGGUGGCGAGAUCCAGCGCGGACUGGAGAAGCUUGACAAGUACCUCGGAGGGAAUCGAUCUACACAUGCAGCUAGUGAAGGUAGUUUCUGGGGCCUCUUUGGCAAUUGCGAUGCAAAGGACGGUUUGCUCCAGCCCCGUUGUGAAGCUGCAUACCGGAUUGCCCUUACAUCAAUUCAGUCCGCUGUUCGAUGCCAUCUAGUUCCCUGCAGCGACAGGAAAAGUCCAGAUGCACAGAUGCGCCAGAGCACUGAGUUAUAACCAUGAGAAGUGCAUGAGUGUUCGAUCUCAUCGCACCCGUGUACCCAGACGGUUGUUUGGAAUGUUCUUUUGCCGUUGCCGUUGCGGCCUGAGUGAUGUUUCGCGUCAUGGUGAAUACAUAUGUCCUCGCGUGUUUGCUUGGCGUGGGUCUGUGUGUAUCGUGUGCACGUGUGUCUGCCGUGUCAUCAUCGCCAGUUGUUGUACCGAGUUGGCGCGUAGUUUUGCUGCACGAGCUGUGAGGGCAUAGCGGCAGGCACCCGCAAAUAGCAGAGGGCACCAUUCCCGCUCGCAUUGCAGACAUUGUUUGUUGCACGUUGUGUCUCCAUGCUGCGAGGCGCGUAGCUUUGCAGAAGUGUGAGGUGACAGUGGCAUACACCCGCAUAUAGCAGGGGGCGCCCAUUGCCGCUCGCACCGCAAACAUUGCCUGCUGCAUGUUGACUCAGCUCAACAGAAAAGGUCCCACUUAAGAAGACCCGAG